GCCCCGCCAGCCCCGCAGCGACCCCGCCAGCCACUGUUUUCCGGCCACAGUAGCAGAGACUCACAAGUCCUAAGCUCUGCCCCAACAUGGCCAACAAGGGUCCUUCCUACGGCAUGAGCCGCGAGGUGCAAUCCAAAAUCGAGAAGAAGUACGACGAGGAGCUGGAGGAGCGGCUAGUGGAGUGGAUCGUCAUGCAGUGCGGGCCCGACGUGGGGCGUCCAGACCGCGGGCGCCUGGGCUUCCAGGUGUGGCUGAAGAACGGCGUGAUCCUGAGCAAGCUGGUGAACAGCCUGUAUCCCGAGGGCUCCAAGCCGGUGAAGGUGCCCGAGAACCCGCCCUCCAUGGUGUUCAAGCAGAUGGAGCAGGUGGCUCAGUUCCUGAAGGCCGCUGAGGACUAUGGGGUCACCAAGACGGACAUGUUCCAGACCGUUGACCUCUUUGAAGGCAAAGAUUUGGCAGCAGUGCAAAGGACAGUGAUGGCUUUGGGCAGCUUGGCCGUGACCAAGAAUGACGGGCACUACCGCGGGGACCCCAACUGGUUCAUGAAGAAAUCCCAGGAGCACAAGAGGGAGUUCACAGAGAGCCAGCUGCAGGAGGGGAAGCAUGUCAUCGGCCUGCAGAUGGGCAGCAACCGAGGGGCCUCCCAGGCGGGCAUGACCGGCUACGGCCGGCCUCGGCAGAUCAUCAGCUAGAGCCCUGCCCCCCCCCCCCCCACACCUGUGGGGAUCCCUAGCCCUGGCCAAGCUUUGGGGCUGUCCCCGGGCAGAGGUGACCGCACGCAGGCAGCUUCUCCACGCCCCUGCCUCAGCCAGCUUCUUCCCUCCGAGCACCGUGGCCCUGGCCCCUCCGGCCGCACCCCACCUCUCCCCUCUCGGCCCCCGGGCUCAGCGGGGGGCAGUGGGCCUGGGCACAGAGCCUGUCCCCCUGGGCCGCAGAGGCGCCUGCAGGAGGCCCGGCCCCGCCUCCUUGCCCCCCCUUCUUUUGCUGGAAUAUUUUUGGGAUUGAAAUUCAGAAAAAGAAACAAAUAUAUCCAUGUCUUUUCUCA